AAAUGUAUUUAAAAAAUGGAAGGCAGUCGGGGGGAGGCAAGACUAGCGUUCUACACCAAGACUCAUAAGAUGGCGACCGCGGAACCGGAAAUAAAUAUAAAUCCACCCCAACAUGCUGAAGAAGGAGCAGAAGCAGAGACUGGUCAGGAGAUCGUGAGCCCUGAGAGCUACAUCAAACACCCCCUACAGAACAAAUGGUCUCUCUGGUUCUUCAAAAAUGAUAAGACCAAAACAUGGCAGGCAAACCUCCGCCUCAUCUCGAAGUUUGACACGGUUGAAGAUUUCUGGGCUCUGUAUAAUCAUAUUCAGUUGUCAAGCAAUCUGAUAUCUGGAUGCGACUAUUCCCUCUUUAAGGAUGGCAUUGAGCCCAUGUGGGAGGAUGAGCGAAACAAGCAAGGAGGGCGUUGGCUGAUCACGCUCAACAAGCAGCAGAGGAGACAAGACCUGGACCGCUUCUGGCUAGAAACACUUCUCUGCCUCGUUGGGGAGGCUUUCGAUGACUAUAGUGACGAAGUGUGUGGCGCAGUAGUCAAUAUUCGCACUAAAGGAGACAAAAUCGCCAUUUGGACCGCAGACUUCGACAACAGGGAAGCCGUAACACACAUAGGGAGAGUCUAUAAGGAGCGCUUGGGAAUCCCCAUGAAGAUGACCAUUGGCUACCAGUCCCACUCUGACACCGCCACAAAGAGCGGCUCCACCACCAAAAACAAGUUUGUUGUCUGAAAAUGAACCGUGUGCCUUGUUUUGUUUGGUCUACUUUUCAUUGUGGGUAGGUUAUAUUUACUUAAUAUAGCAAUGGCUGCGUGACGAAAUCUGGGAAAAAUUCAUGACUAUAUACCAAAGCUUCGACAGAAACAGCCCUAGACCUGUGAACACAGGAAAAACUUAUUAACAGGACACACUACUUUCUCUGGAACCCACGCACACACACCUGCCAAUGCUAUUAAUUCACAUGUCAUAGCCAUGCAGGUGAACAUGCAAACCUCAAAAUGCAAAUGAAGACUGUUCAUAGUAGGAAAUGUAAGAUGUUUUGAGUGUUCUUAAAAAGAAAAUUAUUUUUUUGAUUUAUUUAAUGGCAGGGAAUUCAUUUGAAAUGCAAAAAUAAAACAUUUCUCAGUGCCCUUGUAUACAGCAUUGUAAUUGCUGUAAUCCUUAAUGAUGUUACACUUUUUUAAUUUAUUAUACCAAUUUGCUUUUUAGCAUUUUUUUUAACUUGUUCUGUGCUAUGGCCUUAAAGGUGAUUUGUUUUUUGUCAUUUUUCUUUUUUUUAUGCUAAAUGACAUGUUAUAGAAUAUCCUUUUUUGUGAUUUCACUUGUUUUUGAGAAACUUACCCUAACCAGCAAAUCACUUCUUCAUCCUUGUGUAGUUUUAGGGGCCCUUCUAUAACAUGCCAUUUACAUCAAAAAUAGGGAUUUGGUUGUAAAAAAAAUUACUUCUCCUUUGAACCUCAAGCGCAUGUAAUCAAGCCUUUCUGAUAAUUUCAUGACUCAAUUAGUCUUUGUUAACUACAUGAUUAAAACUUUGGUUUUGCAAUUCGGUAGAAGCUGUUUUUAUAUUAUGGAAUACUUUUUGCAACUUGUAAUUUGUACAUUCCUUGUUAGAAAUGGUUUGAUAUUAGACUUAGUGAUGCUGUAUUGCAAUAUAUGCAUUUAUUAGUGAUUGGUUUUGAGCUUCUGCCUGCAAUGGAAACACAGCACGAAUGAGUCUUUAAAUAAUGUUUUUCUGUGACUUCAGAUAAUUUUUAAUUAUAUAAUAUGGGCCUAAUAAUAUACCAUUUCAACCCCAGGAAACAAUCUAACUUUCUAUGCCACUUGUAUUGCCAUAGCUAGUUGGUCUGCCCCUGUCACCCCUAGAGACUUAAUGUAGAGCUGAAUAAUGUAUAAAGCAAUAUUAUAGUAGCUACACCUACAGUAUCACCUGUUGUGGCAUUUCAUGAAAGCCUACAACCCAUGCAAAUCAGAAUAUGUUGUUUACAUGACAAUGUCUUGACACCAAAUUAGAGUGCUCAAAUACUUACCAUUUCAUGGCUCAUGAAAGUAUGAGUUGCCAUUAUGCCAGGCAUGUUUCAUUCUUUUGGCCAAACACAAGUGCUACCAGUUACUUUCAUAACUGCUGUUCAACAUUCAUACAUUAUGAAAUGCAUUUGGGUAUUUUAUUCCCAAUUCAUAAAUAAACUGAGCUUUGCACUUCA